CAGGUAUGUCUCUGGAUAAAAAUUCAUCAAGCUGUAUCCUUAAUAUUUAAGUACUUCGACUAUAUGUAAGUUAGUUAUAUCAUUAAAAAAGAAAAAUCAGUAUGCAAGCUGCACCUUCAGUUGGGACAUGUGGUUAGCUGAUAUUUUCAUGUAUUAAUAUGCAACAUGUGGGGUCAUUACCUAUCAUUUUGUAAUCCCCAAGGUCAUUUAGUGGUUAUUGAGCUUGAGCAGGAAGAGAAAUACUGUCAAACAUUUAUUUCAAAUGUAUUAUUUUAGUAAGCAAAAUUUUCAGAACUAUUUAUUUUUAGGGAAGGUAUAUUCAGUCCUAAACUAUUACACCUAAUGUUAUUAGUUCCCCCUGUGUAUAGAUCUCAUCCUGCUUUGGAUCUGCCACUUAUAGGUAGGAAAUACUACAGUUUUAGAGCAAGCCGUGAAAUGUGAGAACAGUUGGUACUUUUGAGGCAAGCCUGUCUUGAAGACAUAUCUUUGAGUCUACCUCCUUUCCCAUCAGUGUGUAAUGCACAACCCUGACGUUUUGUGCAUGAUUACAUCUACAAGUUCUACUCUGGAGUAGGCUCCCAUUCUUCUAUAGCUGUGAAUCUGGAGAGUUAUAAAAAAGCUCAACGGCAGAAGUAGGUGUGGCCUUUCGGGGCGGGCCACACAGCAGCCCGAAUGUAGUUGGCAGUCUCCUCCCCUUCCUGCACUUGAGCUCUUCACAGUGUGCGCUCUGGAAUGACAGGCAUUCCUGUGUGAAGAGAGCCAGCGUGAAGACAUAUUUGUAAGAACCACAAGUGCCCAGGCUGGGAUACAGGGAACAGAAACUCCAGCAAAUUAACUCACCUCAUGCUUUUUCCCGACGUUUGGCAGUGACACUGAGAGAGGAGUGCAUGUCUCUUCUUUAUGUGGAUUUAUCUUUUUUAAGUUUUCUUUGGUCCGGGACAGUUUGUUGUCGUGAGACACAUCAGACAAUUUAAUCAUGGGGCAAGCUGACGUCUCCAGACCGGUAAAUCCAGAUGCAGUUGACUUCUCCAGAGAACCCUGGGACAAAGAAGCAGGCCAGCCCACCGCAGACCCAGGCAUGGUCAUGGACAGUGUGGAAGCAGGAGACAUGACGCCUCCCACCAAAAGGAAGAGCAAGUUCUCAGGCUUUGGCAAAAUCUUCAAGCCCUGGAAGUGGCGGAAAAAAAAAAGUAGUGAUAAAUUCAAAGAGACAUCAGAAGUUUUAGAGCGGAAAAUAUCUAUGCGAAAACCGAGAGAAGAGCUGGUUAAAAGAGGGGUUCUUUUGGAAGACUCUGAGCAGGGUGGUGAGGAUCCAGGGAAAUUGAGCCAUGCCAUGUUAAAGAAUGGCCAUACCACCCCCAUAGGGAGUACCACAUCUUCUAGUUCAGUCCCAGCAGAUGAAGAGUCAGGAAGAAUAACAAGUCUUAGGAAACCUGUUCCAGAAGAGGACCCAAAGAAGCGACUAGGCUUGACUGGAAGCCAGCCUAAUUCCGAAGCAGAGUCCGUUCCUGAGAAUGUACCCAAACAGCCUUUACUUCCCCCUAAAAGACCCUUGUCCUCUUCUCACGAAGCAAACGAAGGGCAAGCAAAGGAUGCCACUUCCUCUGGCGGCGCGGCAAGGUCCAUCUCCUCCACCUCCACUGCCGCCUCCACCUCAGCACCUGCCGCCACCACUCCUGCCACCAACCCAGCAAAAACUGUUAGUUCCUCUGUCCCCCCCUCCCCAGCGCCCAGGACUCUGCCUGCCACUCCUGCCAGCACUAACACUACUGCCACCCCGAGCCUCACUCAUACGGUCCCUGCCAAGCAGCCCCCUAUCCCUCCCCCUAAACCAGCUCACAGAAAUAGCAACCCUGUCAUUGCUGAACUGUCCCAGGCAAUAAACAGCGGUACAUUGUUAUCAAAACCAUCCCCACCUUUACCACCAAAGAGAGGCAUUCCGUCAGCCUUGGUACCCACCUUGGAGUCUCCUGCCACCGCCACCGCCACAAAAGCACCAUCUGAUCAGAGAGAAAAGAGCACAUGCUCUGUGGGCUCUGAACCACUGUUGAUGAUCCCACCUCUCUCUCCGUCCCCACCGCUGCCUACUCAUACACCUCCUGAACCCCCACGGUCCCCUCCAUUCCCUGCUAAGACUUUUCCAGUUGUGCCAGAAAUUGAGUUACCACCGUCCUUAGACCUACCCCAGGAGGUUUCCCAGCAGGAAGAUCAGAAAAAGGAAGUGCCUAAGAGAAUGUUGGACCACAGCUUUGGAGAGCCCCAUGUACCCUGUAGGCUGCCUCCACUCCCACUGCAUAUCCGAAUCCAGCAGGCCCUGACCAGCCCGCUUCCCAUGACUCCUCCCUUGGAGGGCUCUCACAGAGCUCACUCCUUGCUCUUUGAGUACAGUGACAACUUUUCUGAGGACAGCAGCACCCUAGGUCGGACCAGGUCACUUCCCAUCACUAUUGAAAUGCUGAAAGUUCCAGACGAUGAAGAGGAGGAGGAGCAGACCCCCCCAUCUGCAUUCACUGAAGAUGUGGCAUCUACCUCAGUUGUUCCCAAACUGCCACGGUGUCUGCAGGAAGAGGAGGAAGAGAAGGAGAGUGACUCUGAUUCAGAAGGUCCCAUUCAGUACCGAGAUGAAGAGGAUGAAGAGGAGAGCCAUCAUAGUGCUCUGGCCAACAAAGUGAAGAGGAAGGACACACUGGCAAUGAAGCUGAACCACAGACCCAGUGAACCAGAGCUGAACAUGAAUUCCUGGCCUCGGAAAAGCAAAGAGGAGUGGAAUGAAAUACGGCACCAGAUUGGGAACACACUGAUCCGACGACUGAGUCAAAGACCAACAGCAGAAGAACUAGAACAGCGGAAUAUACUACAACCUAAAAAUGAAGCUGAUCGGCAGGCAGAAAAACGAGAGAUUAAACGUCGUCUUACUAGAAAGCUCAGUCAGAGGCCGACUGUGGCUGAACUACUUGCCAGGAAGAUUCUGAGAUUUAAUGAAUAUGUGGAAGUAACAGAUGCUCAAGAUUAUGACCGGCGAGCUGACAAACCUUGGACCAAACUGACCCCUGCUGACAAGGCUGCCAUAAGAAAAGAAUUAAAUGAAUUUAAAAGCUCAGAGAUGGAGGUUCAUGAAGAGAGCAAACAUUUUACACGCUACCAUCGUCCAUGAUGCUGAAGUCUGAGAGAGGAGCUAAACAGCCCCCCCAAAACAGGGCUGCUUCGCUGCUUCGGUCUCCAGAGUGAUGUGGAAGGAACUUCUGCACUUCGCAGCACAGCCAGGAUUGAGUCCUUGGGGAUAUAGCUCUGGGGCGAACAGCACUUCUCUGAAUGUAGCAUUUCACUGGAAUGGGUGGUCAUGUGCUGCUUUGGGCAAAACUGAACACUUCAUCCGUGCUUUUGAACCUUUUAACAUUGCAUCAUACUUGAGGGGUCUGCCUCAGCACCCACCCACGCUCUGGGCCCCUUGCCGGUUCCGAGUGUUAGUGGCCACCCACACCGUCGCCCCAAGAUGACGCCUGUGCUGGGGCACAGUUCGCACCAUUCGCCUUACCUGUCCUGUCCUGGUCGUGGGUGCCCCUUGUGUGGCCCCAGCCAUCAAAUCCAAUUGGUGGUGGGAAAAACCUUCUGGAGGCCCCCAGCCUUCUGGCAGAGGGGCCCCCACCUCCCGGGGACACCUCCACACCACAUCGGAACAUCAGUGGAAAGCAGCGCACUAUACCUCUUGUCACACAGCAAUAAAGUCCUCUUCGGGCAGCGCGGCCUGAGGGGAGCUCAGGAUCUGACAUGUUCCUUUCUGGCACAAGUCAUCCUGAUUUUUAUUUUUUUAAUUUAAAAAAAAAAAAAAUCUUGAAGAAGUGCUGGAAACUUGUGUUUUUCCUGCCUAUUAAGCAAUCUGAGCUGCAAUUAGAUUCCAAGUUAAGACAGUAAGAAAGCAUGUAUGUUUUCUGUAUACAAAAACAAAACCAAAAAAGGCCUCUCUGUUAAUGGCAUUUUGGCACAAAACUAACUCAUGGCUUAAAUUUUAUAAGCUGUUGUACAUUUGUUGCACCAAAUGAUAUUCUAAGUCAUUCUGACCAAUAGAUGUGUUCUCCUCCGGAAAACAGAGUUGUGGCAACCCUGUGGGAGCCAGCCGCCUGCUGUGGGCCCCCACGCUUCCAGCCGGAGUCACUGCAAGGUCCUAGGGAAGUGGGGUGCGGACCAGAAGAGGACUUUGGAGGCGGAAGUAGGAGGAGCACAGUCAGGACCCACUGUUCCUCCCUCCUGCUCAGUGCUGUUUGCCCUUCCCUGCUGUACUCACCCUCUCCCCUCCAGGUACCCGUCCCCCUGCUGACCCUCUCUGGCUCCUUCCACCUCACGUACCCCUCCUCUGCCAAGCAGGAGCCAGUGUCGUUGGUGCCUGGGCCUUGGCUCGGCCCCCACCCCUUUUUGUAUUUGUAAUGUAUAUUAAUAUGAAAUGUUCCUAAAACAGAAAAUUUAUUUGCUUUCUUUUUUAUUUGGAAAACCAUACUGCCUCACCAUUUCCCUCUAAUUCCUAUCCAGACUAAGCGGAAGAAAAAAAUGUGUUCCUAUUUAACUGAUGAAUGUGGCCUUUUUCUCUUAAUGUUCAGAAAAUUGUGGCUGUUUCGCCGAUUUCUUCUGCAGUCCCUGUUGUAAUUGUUCACUAGAUUCUUACUCGUUUUCUCCUAAUAUGUCCAUAUAAGAUUUGCUGAACAGGGAGAACCCAUGAGGUCAAAACAAAAGAGCUGAGGUGACCUUAAAAAGGUAGUGUCUUCUCUCUGUAUGGGGAAUCGGGAAGCAUUCCGAUUACUCAGUUACUGUCCGAUGCUUUGCGGCUAUGGAGCUAGAGAGGGUUCACAGCUCCUUGAAGCUCAUUACAAUUUGGUAUGACUGCAGGAAGAGGAGUGACAGUUGUACACCGUGGUGAGAGGUCUGAAUAUAAGGCGGUCGCACACAUGACUUCUUCGAACCUCUCUGUUGCUUUGGAGACUGACUUAUGCUAGCAUUCUCUGUGGCUUACGGUGACAUUUCCAAACCCUUCUGCUGCUGCCUCGCUUUCCCUUAAUGUGCCAAGUGUGAAACAGAAUUGGAUUUCCUGAGCUACUUGUCUGCUUUCUGUGUGCCACAAAGGACUCUUGUUCAUCUUUCAUCUCAUUCACGUUCUUUUGAAACAAGAUACUUUGGGGGUCAAGUCCUUUCAGGUGUUUAUAUAUAUAUAUAUAUAUAUAUAUAUAUAUAUAUGUAUAUAUAUAUAUAUAUAAAAUGGAUUUUUUGUUCCCUUUUUAUGUAAGUAACAAUUCGUAAUCAUAAUGUAAAGAAGAAAUAAAAGUCUGAUGUAUUGUACUUUAAGAUGCUUCCCUGAUGUACAGAAUCUCCUUGUAAAGUAAAUAAUUGCGUUGUAUAUCAGUCUUCCUAUCAAUAUUAAUUAUAAAGUAUUUUAGAAUUAAAAAAAGACAAAGUAUA